UCAACAUCGAUCCAACAGUCCGUCCGUCGGACUCCCACGCUCAUUUUUCAGUGCGCACACACCGGUUUCGUUGGCAAAGCCGUCUUUACUGUCUUUCCCCCAGUCAUGCGAUCCACUCUCUCGACACUCAUAUGCGUGGUGGCCGCCGCUCUUUUCGUAACCACCGCCAAUGCCGCCUUCGACUUGACCAAACGGAACAACCUGGUGCUCUACUGGGGACAGAAUGCCCAUGGCUCCUACGACAGCACCCCCGAGAAGCAGCAACAAGAUCUGCUGACAUACUGCAUGGACACGAAUGUGGAUCUCAUCUCGGUUGGAUUUCUGAACACUUGGAACGGUACCGGCAAUCAGCCAAUCGUCAACUUUGCCAAUGCGUGUACCGGCUACCAGAUGUUUCCCGGCACCGAGCUGCUCUGGUGUCCUACCAUCUCCGCGGAUAUCCGGGCGUGCCAGGCCAUGGGCAAAAAGAUCCUCAUCUCGAUCGGCGGUAGUACCGCGACAUACGAGGGCUUCGAAACCGCAGCGCAAGCCGACGCCUUCGCCUACCAGAUCUGGAACAUGUUCGGGCGUGGCUGGUCGUACUACCGACCGUUCGGCGAAGCGAUUGUCGACGGCUUCGACCUGGACAUCGAGACGCUUCCCGCGCUCUUCUACGAAAAGUUCGCGUACCGCCUCCGCGUGCUCUUCGAAGCCGACAAGACGAGGAAGUACAUCAUGACGGCGGCGCCGCAGUGCAUGAACCCCGACCAGCACCUUGAGAGCGCGCUCAGCAAGGUCGCCUUCGACGCCGUCUUCGUCCAGUUCUAUAACAACCCGUCGUGCGCCGCAUCCGCGUGGAAGACGAAAGGCCAGCCCCAGCUUACGAACGCCGGCUUCAACUUCGGCAUGUGGAAUAACUGGGUCGCUACCAACAGUAAGAACAAGAACUUGAAGGUGUUUAUGACUCUCGCUGGAGGCGGUAAGGUCGCACCUGCCGGCGGUUACGUUUCCAAAGCCGUGGCCGCGAGCAUCAUUGCCGACCUGGCGAGAUUCCCGACGUUCGGUGGUGUGGCCAUGUGGGAUGCUAGUGAGGCUUGGGUCAAUGCGGGAUACGUUGCUGCUGUUAAAGAUGCGCUCAAUAAGCUGCCCGCUAUGGUCAAGAGGAGGAACUUCUUUGGGAUGUGGCCGACAUCGGCGAUGUUGUAAAUUUUGGUUGAAUCUUUGGUGGACGAGUGGUAAAAAUGGGGUUCAGUGAGAGCAAUAUAAGUAAAUACGGGUCGUGCUUCUACUAUAUUUAUGUACAAAUCUAUGCUGGACGAAGAAAUCAAACUUACAUCAUAAUCAAAGACGUCUAUUUAUGGG